AUGGCGAUCAUAUCAGCGAAAACAAUCAUUACCUCCCUCUCCCUCUUCCAUGUCACCCUCGCAUACUUCUUUCUGACGAACCCGGCGACCAUCGCAGACCAGGCGAUGGUGUACCCCCAUGCGCGAAGCUUCGAAAACAGGUCUCCCGCCCUCGCUUUCCUCGCCGCCGUGCUUGGGAUACUAGGCAUCAGCGACCUCGUUACCCUCAGCAUGCCCGAAGAAGUCUGGUUGAUCUACCACUGGGGAACACAGGCACCAACUCGUAUGGUCAUGUCCUUCGGUUUUGUCCUCUACACCUUCCUCUUCGGCCCUUCAUCCCCCCUUUAUGGCGGAACCUCGAAAGGCGGCAGUCGCUUCGCCCAUCCCUCCGUCCAGUCGAAUAAUCCGCGCUAUACACCUUCGACUUGGGGCGGUGACGGCCUCAAGAACCGUGUGUUCUUGACCUUUGCCUUCCUCGAGAUGUUAUGCUGGUUCUGGGUCUGGAUGACCCUGCGCGAGGAGCAGGAAGAGUUCCAGCGUAAGAACCAACACAAGAGGAGAGGAAGUCAGUCAGGGUACAACUGA